AGGAUUAGUGUCUGAAUGGUGGCAGUUCGUCCUAUAUCAGAUGAUGAUAGUGAGACCAUCGAACAAAUCGAUGAAGAUAUAGCUGUGACUCGGAGUCAGAUGAACUUUAUUUGUCCCAUUACACAGAUGGAAAUGAGGAGGCCGGUGCGAAACAAGGUCUGUGGACAUUCCUACGAAGAAGAGGCCAUUGUAGAAAUUAUCCAGUCUCGAAAGCAGAAAAAGAAAAAAGUCCGAGAGCUGGUGAAGAGGAAAAGAGAUGCCCUAAAAUGGGCUGUAGCUAUGAUGAUGUAAAACGAUCAGACCUUGUGCCAGAUGAAGCACUUAAAAGAGUGAUUGACAGUCAGAAUAAAUAAAGCUGGUCAACACUGGACAAGUGAGCUGGAUACGCUACUGCCACAAAGAAAAUUUGUUAUUAGAGGUCUUGUGAGAUAAGCUGCUGAUUGUAUGUUGGUUGUGAGACUAAUUGAUAUUUUUUUAAGUGUUAAGUGUUUAAUUUAUAGGCAUAUCAUUGUUAAGUGUUUCAUUUGUAGGAGAAGUUGAAGGCCUCAACUGUAACUGAAAGCAUUUUUUGAACUAUUGAACGUAACUAAUUCCAUUUUGAACUUGUUUGAGGUAUUUUGACCAUCCUGAAUUUCUAAAAACUUGCAUUUUC